AUGGAAGCAAUUGCUACUGGUGCUGCUGCCAAUAUCUCUUCUGAAACUGCAAAGGGUAUCUUUCAUGAAGCAAAACGUCAUAUCAGAUAUGUAGUUUUCUACCAGAGAUACGUCAAGAAUUUCGAAGACAAACUUCAGAAGUUGAUGGACAAAAGAUCAAGCGUGCAGCAAGAUAUUUUUGUUGCAGAAAGGAACGUGCAGAAGAUUAAAGCGGAUGUUCAGGGUUGGUGCGAUAGAGUGGACAAGGUUAUCGCUGAAGAGGAGGAUAAAGUGGAUGAUCUUCAAGUCAAAGCAAACAAGUGCUUCUUUGGCUUCUGUCCCAACAUCAAGUCUCGACACAAGCUUAGCAGGAAAGCGGAAGAAGAUGCCGCAGCUUUUGAUGAGCUUGUCAAAGAAUGUCAAUUUAGCAGCGUGGGCUACCGUGAUCUUCCACAACCCAUAGUGGGUACAGACUUUGAGUCCUUUAAAUCAAGGGAAAAGGUUGUCGAUGAAAUCAUGGAGUCACUGAAAGAUUCUACUGUGAGCAUGAUCGGAGUGUACGGGAUGCCUGGCGUGGGGAAAACAUCACUAGUCAGAGAAGUUCAUAAACAACUCCAGGAGGCUAAGUCAUUUGAUUCGGUGGUUAGGGUCACUGUAUCUCGGACACCUGACAUUCAGAAAAUCCAAGACGAAAUAGCAGAAUAUUUGGGUUUGAAGAUCGAAGAAAAGAGUACAGUUGUAAGAGCUAGUACAUUACGUGAAAGGUUAAAUCAAGGGAAGAAUCAGGAUAAGAGGGUUCUUAUUAUUCUGGAUGAUAUUUGGAAGAAACUGGACCUAGAGGAAGUCGGAAUUCCAUUUGGAAGUCAACACAAAGGAUGCAAGAUACUGUUGACGUCAAGAAAUGAAAAUGUUCUAAGCAAUGGAAUGGGUGCUACAAAGACUUUUAAGCUUGGUGAUUUAGAUGAAGAAGAAGCCUGGGAGUUUUUUAAGAAGAUGGUUGGGGACAGUUUUGAAAGCGAUAAAGAGCUGCAAUCUACAGCAAUUGAGGUAGCCAAAAGAUGUGCAGGAUUGCCGCUUGCCAUUGCCACAGUUGCUAGGGCGUUGCAAAAAAGAAGUUUAUUUGUUUGGAAUGAGGCUUUACGACAGCUACAGAGGCCUUACUCAGAAAAUCCAAGCGAGAUAUCUGCUGAGGUAUAUUCUGCUAUUGAAUUGAGUAUCAAUCAGCUAUGGGGUGAAGACCUCAAGCAGGUUUUCUUGCUUUGCAGUCUAUUGCGUCGUAACACUAGAGUUGAAGACUUGUUGAGAUAUGCAAUUGGUUUGGGUUUAAUUAAGGGAGUGGGCACCCUGAAAGAAGGACUAGAUGCGUUGUUAACAAUGAUGAGUACCCUGAAAGCAUCUUGUUUGUUGCUUGAUAGUAACACCAAUGAUGAAUGCUUUGAUGUGCAUGAUCUUACUUAUAUUGUGGCCAAAUCAAUGGCUUCCAAGGACAGUCAUGUGUUUUCCUUGAAAAAUGAUGAUGUUACGAUGGAUUGGCCAAAUGAAGAAUCAAUGAAAAAGUGCAACAAGAUUUGUUUGGAAUAUCCUACUCUCAACAGUCUUCCUGACCAGUUAAAUUGUCCACAACUUUCUCUUUUCCUUUUGUUUAGCAAGGAUCUUUUCCUGACGUCGGAUGACUUCUUCAAGAAAGCAACAAAUCUUAAAGUCUUAGCUUUGGCUAGAAUGCAAUUUUCUUCUUUACCUUCAUCAAUUCGUCUACUAACAAGCCUCAACACAUUGUGCCUAGAUCACUGCAAACUGGGAGAUAAUAUUAGCAUUAUUGGAGAGCUAAAGAGCUUGGAAAUUCUUAGCCUUUUGGAAUCUGAUAUUAGAUUUCUACCAAAAGAAAUUGGGCAACUGGUGAAGCUAAAGUUGUUAGACGUGAGUCGUUGUGCUAAGCUCAAAACAAUUUCAGACGGUGUGUUGUCAAGUUUGUCAAGAUUAGAAGAAUUAUAUGGGUGGGACUUCUAUUCAAUGGGGACAAAGCAGUGCCACUCUUGCUGA